AUGUUCAGUACCACAUCAACGGUCAAGGCCAGCGUUCCAGCACCUGCGCUUCCCUGGGUUGAAAAAUAUCGCCCCAAAAAUGUGGACGAGAUUUCUCACCAGGAACACGUCGUGGCUACAUUGAAGACAUCCAUUGCAAAUGGUCAACUACCCCAUUUAUUAUUCUAUGGACCUCCAGGUACGGGCAAGACAUCUACUAUUGUGGCUGUAGGGCGUCAGCUUUUUGGCACGGAUUUUCGUAAAAAUGGCCGCUUCUUGGAGUUGAAUGCAUCGGAUGACCGUGGCAUUAAGGUAGUGCGUGAGAAGGUCAAGGGUUUUGCCCAAGGUGCCAUUAGUACUGCAAGUGGUUUGCCGCCAUUUAAGAUUAUUGUGCUGGAUGAGGCCGACUCGAUGACGGGUGACGCACAGUCGGCACUGCGUCGCAUGAUGGAGAACUACUCCAAGGUCACAAGAUUUUGUCUAAUCUGUAACUAUGUAAGUCGCAUUAUUGAGCCUGUAGCCUCACGAUGUGCAAAGUUUCGCUUUGCUUCAUUAGAAAAGGUUUUGAUGACGUCUCGUGUGCGCUUUAUCGCCUCCGAAGAACAUGUAAAGGUGUCAGACUCGGUACUGGAUUCGCUGCUCGAGUGCUCAAAUGGUGACUUGCGAAAGGCAAUAAAUUACCUGCAAAGUGCCAAGCAACUCUGUGGAGAUGACGAGUUAUCUGAAGACGAUGUCAUUGCGGUGACUGGACUUGCUCCACCUGAAUUGCUGCAGCAAUUUUGGGUCUCUGUGUCUUCAAACAGCUUUGAAAAGAUGAAGACCGACAUUGAAAGCAUAUUACUGGCAGGAUACCCAGUGCUAACCAUUUUGCGACAGCUGAAUGACGACGUGCUUUCACUAGAGAAGAUUGGCGAUGUACAGAAGGCUAAAAUCUGUCUGCGCAUUGCUGAGGCCGAUAAGAGACUUGUUGAUGGCGCCAGUGAGCACUUUCAGCUGCUAGAUGUUGCGUCCUACGCUAUGCGUGUUUACCAUACAUCGUAA